CGAUAUUAUACACAUAUUUCGUAGCCGUCGGCGCCGCAGUGGUUGUACAGUUGUAGUAGUAGUAAUACUGCAGUAGUAGUAGUAGUAGUAGUAGUAGUAGUAGUUGUCGUCAACUUGUCGCGACAGGACGUCUGUAGUUCCGCUGACCAGUAUAGUAAGUUGUGGUCCUGCGAACGUUCGGUGUAUAAUAUUAACGACCGAUACGGCAACAACAACAACAGCCGCACUAUCAACAUAUUAUUAUUAUGACGUCCCGUUGAUUAUCGUAGUCGAACCAUCGGAACAGGCGCGUCGACAACACCAUCAUAUUGUGUACGGGGACGGAUCCUAUUCUAGUGGCUACGCGUUAAACAAAAGAUUAUAAGCGUACGAAGGAAAAAGGUCUUAUCUGUAUGGUUAUUAUUGUCUCGGUCAUAACGUUUGUUCACGUUGCCGAACAGUAGUUAGUAGGUACCCAUACCACAGACCAAGUCCAUUGUCUUGAAGAAAUUACUUCUGUUGUGGUCGUGCGCCGUUUUAAUUAAAAUGUCUAUGUUAACUGCGACCAAGAAGACGAAUAUAGAAGAUGAUUCUGCACUUCUAUCUACAGUAACUACCAACAUCAUGUUAAAUCAAUUAAGAACAGAUUCCGAUUAUGACGAAGAAGAUGACGAAUUAACAACAAGACCUACACCUACUGGUAGUCCUCCUCCAGUAUCUGUGACGACUGCUAAAUCUGCUGACAGUGACGACGAUGAAAUAAUGGCUUCAUCUCCGCCUCCACAAUCUUCCUCUGCAGGUUUACCUGGCGGUAAUAUGACUCCAGCAACUGGUGCACCACCAGCGGCUGAUUUAGCAUCUGGCGGUGGUACGUCGUCGUAUCAUAUACCACAGUUUCCCAUCGAACGCAUAGAAAGCAAAAUGGCAGCCAUUAGUAGCAGUCUGGCAAAAGAAAUGGACGAAAAACGAGCUGCCGCAGCAGCUUUAGGAUACCCACAGUCAACUAUGAACAAAGAUGACCGGCAAUUGUAUGGAGAUGGUAUUACAGUUUCAGCGCCAUCAUCAACCACUGCAGGAAUCGAGAAACAACUACCAUCAUCCGCUGGUGGACAGUGGCCACAGAAUCUAACAGAAGACAACGAAGGGCAAUACGAUUUUGUGCCACAUUUUCAACGAGUUAGCAUUGGUGGAGAAGAUAACAAUGGGGUCCCUUUAGAAGAUUUGCACUGGUCAUCGCAACAACUCAUGGAAGCGUUACACAUUAGAGAACGUUAUAUGCGAGUGUCUCAUCAAUCUUUCCCAAACAUUACAUCGAAGUUUUUCCAUAAAAAGCACCCCAAGACGCAAGGAGAUCCAUCAUCACCGUCGUCAGGCAACGCUUCCGCGCUUCAUUCGGCAGACAGCAUUACUGACGUGUCCGCUGGCGGCGAUUCGAACAACAAAUCGGAAAUCAGACAGCCUUAUCCCAGCGCCCGAGUGAUCAAGCACGAAGACCGUCAAUCUAUCGCCGGAACGACACAAUCUAGGAAAUCGUCGUAUAACCCGUGGGCUGACCGACGAAGUUCGACCAUGGACGACGCGUUUACCGACCAACUAUUAUUCGACAUUGCGUACGGCCAAUACGACCAUCCGGUACACCCGCCAGCUAGCGUUGGCGACCCGUGGCAGUGCGAUUUUCCUCCAUCGCUAGGCUUCACAAUCCGCGCGCGGGACGGAGUAUUUCAAAUGUACAGCAGUCCCGACUCUGAAAUUCCAGUUCAAGGAUUCCCGUAUCCUAAUUUGGAGACAUUUUGUCGGGACAUGCAACGGCUGUGCACAAUGAUAUCUGACGGACCACUAAAAUCAUUUUGUUAUCGUCGGUUGUCUUAUUUGUCAUCGAAAUUCCAAUUACAUGUGCUACUAAACGAAUUGAGAGAACUUGCUUCACAGAAAGCUAUUCCGCAUCGUGAUUUCUACAAUAUCAGAAAGGUUGAUACCCAUAUACAUGCUGCAUCGUGCAUGAAUCAAAAACAUUUAUUAAGAUUCAUUAAGAAAACUUUAAAAAAUCAUUCUGAUGAAGUGGUGUCUGCUGGUGGUAUGACACUUAAACAGGUUUUUGAAUCAAUGAAAUUGACAUCGUAUGAUUUAACCGUCGAUAUGUUGGAUGUACAUGCAGACCGCAACACGUUUCAUAGGUUCGAUAAAUUUAAUUCCAAAUAUAACCCCAUUGGAGAAUCUCGUCUUAGAGAAGUGUUCUUGAAAACGGAUAAUUAUACUGGUGGUAAAUAUUUUGCUCGGGUAAUUAAUGAAGUGGCGUCUGACUUAGAAGAGUCAAAAUAUCAAAAUGCCGAACUCCGUUUAUCAAUUUACGGAAAGAGUCGUGAUGAAUGGGACAAACUAGCCAAAUGGGCUAUUUCUAAUAGAGUAUAUUCUGACAACGUUCGAUGGCUAGUGCAGAUUCCACGAUUGUUUGACAUAUUUAAAUCGAACAAUAUUUUAGAUAAUUUCCAGCAGUUGUUGGACAAUGUAUUUUUGCCACUGUUUGAAGCAACUAAUGAUCCUAAUUCACAUCCAGAUCUCCACAGAUUUUUACAACAUGUAGUUGGGUUUGAUAGUGUUGAUGAUGAGUCGAAACCAGAAAAUCCAUUUGUUGAUCGAGAUGUUCCCAAACCAGCACAAUGGAGAGAAACUGAUAAUCCACCUUAUGCAUAUUAUCAGUACUAUAUGUAUGCUAACAUGACUGUACUCAAUCAUCUCAGAAUCAAACAAGGUUUCAACACAUUUGUGCUAAGACCCCAUUGUGGUGAAGCAGGAGCUGUACAACAUUUGGUAUGUGGUUUUAUGAUGGCUGAAAAUAUAUCACACGGAUUGCUCUUAAGAAAAGUGCCUGUACUUCAAUAUUUGUAUUACGUUGCCCAAAUUGGUAUAGCCAUGUCACCUUUGUCAAACAAUUCGUUGUUUUUGAAUUAUCAUCGGAAUCCAUUACCAGAAUAUUUGGCUCGUGGUUUGGUUAUCAGUCUGUCAACAGAUGACCCGCUGCAGUUUCAUUUUACCAAGGAACCGUUAAUGGAAGAAUACUCGAUUGCUGCGCAAGUAUGGAAAUUAUCAGCGUGUGACAUGAGCGAGUUGGCUCGGAACUCUGUAUUGAUGUCUGGAUUCCCUCAUAGGAUCAAGCAAUACUGGUUGGGACCCAAUUACACGAAAGAGGGUGUGGCAGGAAAUGACAUAUCGAGAACCAAUGUCCCGGACAUACGAGUAGCAUACCGCAAUGAAACCCUUUUAGACGAGUUAGCAGUUAUAUUUGGUUCCAUUCCAACAAAUUCGUCAGCAAAUACAAAUAACAGUGCAACAUCUCCAGUAGCUAGUUCAUAAAUCUAUAUACAUGUUAGUUGUAUUAGAUAGAAAUGACAUACAUUAUAUUCUCUAUUCUAAAACAUUGUAUUCCAUGAUUUGUUUGUAUUAACAAACUUUAAUCAUAUUAUUUUUAUUAUUACUAUCUUUAUAUUAUUAAUUAAAAUGUGACUAUUGAAUUUAAAUGUAUUAGGCAAGUCUAGCUAUAUUUACAUUUUUAUGAUCCAGGCAGAUCAUUUUUAUUAUUCAAUUAUUUUAUUGUGUGUUACAAUUAUUUACAAAUAUACUUUAUUUCAAUG